UACGGUGUCUGUCCAAAAAGUAGUGCACCUAAAAAUAUCACCAGAAAACACAUAAACCGGCGGUGUAACAAAAACUCUGCAUCGUCGUCUUCCAGCUGACGUCAUUCUAUACUCUCUCUGUCUCUCAAGAUUGUAAAGCUAAGUUGUUGUAUAUCCGAUGGGAUAUAUAGGUGUUCAUGGAAUUAAUGCACUGCAUAGAUACAAGUACAGUGGUGUUGAUCACUCUUAUCUUGCUAAAUAUGUCCUGCAACCGUUCUGGACCAAAUUUGUUACUUUCUUUCCUCUUUGGAUGCCACCGAAUAUGAUUACACUGAUGGGAUUCAUGUUCUUGCUCAUCUCUGCGUCACUUGGCUAUAUAUAUUCACCUCAAUUGGAUUCUCCACCACCAAGAUGGGUUCAUUUUGCUCAUGGAUUACUCCUCUUUUUGUACCAGACUUUUGAUGCCGUUGAUGGAAAACAAGCUAGAAGGACAAAUUCUUCUAGUCCAUUAGGAGAACUUUUUGAUCAUGGAUGUGAUGCGCUUGCUUGUGCGUUGGAGGCAUUGGCAUUUGGGAGCACUGCUAUGUGUGGAAGAUACACAUUUUGGUUCUGGGUGAUUUCAGCGGUUCCGUUCUAUGGAGCAACAUGGGAGCAUUAUUUUACCAACACAUUAAUCCUACCGGCCAUAAACGGACCAACAGAAGGUCUCAUGCUGAUAUAUGUUGCACACUUCUUUACGGCUAUAGUUGGUGCUGAGUGGUGGGCCCAAGAUGUUGGGAAGUCUAUUCCGUUGCUGGGAUGGGUUCCGUUUAUAGAUGGAAUCCCUACUUAUGGAGCAGUUUUGUUUUGCAUGAUACUAUUUGCUGUUAUACCAACAAUCACUUUUAACGUUCAGAAUGUUUACAAGAUUGUGCGUUUGAGACAUGGAAGCAUGCUAAAGGCCUUGGCUAUGCUUGUUCCAUUUGGUGUGCUAUUGGCAGUAGUUUUGCUGUGGGAUUAUAUGUCUCCAUAUGAUUUGAUUGGAAAAUACCCUCAUAUGGUAGUUAUGGGAAUUGGGCAAGCAUUUGGAUUCCUUGUGGGAAGGAUGAUAUUGGCUCACUUGUGCGAUGAGCCCAAGGGAUUGAAAACUAGUAUGUCGAUGUCUUUGUUCUAUCUCCCUCUUGCGAUUGCAAAUUCACUCACUGCUUGGUUAAAUGAUGGAAUUCCUCUGGUUGAUGAGAAAUGGGUUCUUCUUGGUUUCUGUCUAUACACGGGUGCACUGUAUCUACACUUUGCAACAUCAGUUAUUCACGAAAUAACAACUGCUCUCGGAAUCUAUUGUUUUAGGAUCACAAGAAAAGAGGCUUGAUACAUCAUACAUGUUCAUGUGCCAUUUGAAGGGCCAUAACUAUCUCAUGCUUCCAUUCACAAUACCAUCUAACCAGAGUGCUAUUUGGCUGCAAAUGGGUCACUAUAUUCCAACUAUAUUCAGUCUCUCUAUGACUCCUAUGUAUCCCUAUCAUGUGUUUUGGUGCAACUGUCGCUUCUCGACAUGGGUUUCUAUUCUUUUGUAGGAAACAUUUACAGUUUGUUUAGCAUGUUUCUUUUUGCUUUCUUUUUCAUCCUGUUAUAUAUUAUGGUUCAGGUGGCCAUCGUGGUAUACUUAACUGUACUCUAAGAGUGCUUUUGUGACCGGAUCGUUGGGAGUAGAUACAUUAUAUUUUCCAAAUAUCUAUUAAUAUACUUUAUACGGACUUUAUAAGGUUA